GUCCUUUGGCCGCCGAAAAACACCUCAUACUUCCAUCGCAACCCCUCAUUGACUGCGCACCCUCAUUUUUUAGUAUAUAAUAUAUCAUUAUCUUUGAUAUGACAUAAUUUAUCUCUUACUAUACCCCUCCGUUGUCGCCCCUUCUACUCAUUUCGUCGUUCUCCAAACAAUGAGUCAUGAGCUCUCAACCUCCAAAACGUUCCUUGUUCAGGGCCCGUGAUUGUAUCUUUUAUCAGAGCUCCCAAGUACGAUUAUCGUGUAGCUCAUGCCCCGCACGACCAUACCAUACAUCCUCACAACAGCGUGACUGGAAAUUAGGAUGGACUGACAAGGAGUCUUUGAACGCUGGCCGCCAUCGAGCUCGUGAAAAACUAGCUGACAAGGAAAGUAAUCUAAUGAUAUUGCACUCUGUGAACAUUGAAUUGACUAGUCUGCUUUUUUUACUGAGCUCAGCCACGACAAAACGUGAAGCAAGGUCAUACCUCUCCAGAUUUCCGUCAGUGCUUCGGAAGAAACCUCCACCCGUGCAACAUAAACAUAACGUUAAACCUCCCGUCGAACCUGAGAAGCCAGGUGUCAAUUUGGGGACAUUCUAUGGCGUUACCAGGUCGGUUAUGGAUGCGCCAGUGUUCCGGCAAGUUGAUACGCCGGAGGUUGAGCGAACAUUAUCCCUCGAUGAAACUCUACAUGUUGCCUUGGUGAAAUUGAAUGCUCCACAAUCCCUUGACGAUGAAACCAUCAAGGGGGUGGCUUUAACCUUGUCGCAGCUGAUGCGUUUGGGUAUGGCUUCUUGUGUUGUAAUCGAUCCUGGCCCUGUGCAGAACGAGACGGCGUGGAAGAAGAUGGCGUCAGAACAAGCUGAUCGCCUAUCUGCGGCAAUCGAUCGCUGCGAUGGUGGUAAAUCACGUCGCUUGGAUUCUGCCUUAGUCAUGAAGGAUAGUCGUUCAACACUACCUAAAGUCAUCUCUCGGCAAGUCCUACUCAAACCUCUGCGGCAGAAUCAUACAGUGCUUAUCACUCCUGUGGUUUACUCCGAAUCAACCUGCAAGGCAUUUCUAGUUCCAGCAAAUGAUGUCAUUCUGGCGUUGACCAGGGAGUUCGCAGGGUUGGAGAGAGAACAUGACCCGGAUGAGGACCCAGUUAUUACUGCACAGAAGUUUUCUGUUCUUCAAAAAGAAGUCUCAGUAGACAGAUUGAUCGUCCUUGAUCCAUUAGGGGGCAUCCCUGCAUUCAGAGGGACUCAACAGGGUCAUGUCUUUAUCAAUAUGGAACAGGAAUUUAAGGAUAUUGAAGACGAGCUUACCGGGGCCAUGUCGUUGAGGAAUGGUGUCAUUACUGCUACAAACGGAUUGACUGCGGAUUCAGCCAUUGCUAACAACAAUCCUAUAUCCAAGUUUUUCGCAUCAGAAGUUGCUUCCCUGCCUUCGCAGCCAGACCAGAGAAAAGCAAGAACCGAGUCCAUAAAUUCCCCGUUAAACGGACAUUUGGAAAAUCUACGACUAUUACAGCAAAGCUUGGCCAUGCUUCCUCCAUCAACCUCGGGGAUUAUCGCGACGCCUAAAGAUGUCGCAAACUCCGCGAACCCUCAACCACAGGAGACAUUGUCAGUUUCUCGUGUAGGAACGCGCCGCCAGAGAAACCCCUUGAUCCACAAUCUCCUGACCGAUAAACCACUACACUCAUCUUCCCUCCCAUCAAGUCGACUUGGAUCGAACAAGGUACCAAAUGGCCAGAUUAUUCCCCCAGUCGUGCAAUCAACAUUCGUAAAACGAGGAAUGCCAUUGACAAUCCUCCCUGAUCCCCGUGUUUCUCCGUGGACUCCAGAAAACCAUGUCAAAGGAACAUCAAGUAUAAGUCUUGGGGACCCUCGCAUUGAUCUCCCACGUUUGGUGCAUCUGAUCGAGGACUCCUUUAACCGCAAACUCGACAUCCAAGAUUAUCUUAAUCGCAUUAAUGGCCGUAUUGCUGGUCUGAUCAUUGCAGGCGAAUACGAAGGAGGGGCCAUCUUGACCUGGGAAACACCACCCGAUAUUCCCGAGUCUGAUCGCAACAACCCGAAAAACAUCUCCCGUCUUGUGCCCUAUCUCGACAAAUUCGCGGUCUUGAAACGAAGCCAAGGCGCAGGUGGCGUCGCCGAUAUCGUGUUCAACGCCAUGGUUCGCUCCUGCUUACCGCAGGGCGUAUGCUGGCGCAGCAGAGUUGAUAAUCCAGUUAACAAAUGGUACUUUGAACGAUCAAGAGGGACAUGGAAGUUGCAUGAAAGCAACUGGGCGAUGUUUUGGACUACACCUGGGGUCCCAGAGGAUGGUCCCUUGAAAUUCAAGGAUUAUGAAGCUGUCUGUCGAAGCAUCCAGCCUAGUUGGGCAGAUAAGAAGAGUGUCGUCGACUGA